UAAGGCGGAGGAGAGUUCUCUCACUCGCAUCAUCAUCUUUUAAUCUUCCGCUUCAAUUCUAAAUCUCCCGGCGAAGAAAAUAACCGGCGAAUUUCACGGAGAAACCUCGCCGACGAAGCCAAGUUAUGGCAGUCCUGGCUGCGGUGGCAGGAUCACGACCGUGGAAUGCUUUUAUUCAAGCUUUAUUUCUGAUAUCUCUAUCAUUUCCCAUUCCCUCCAGCGCUUACCGACCUGGAGAUAUCGUCCGGAUGAGCAAGAUGGGGCAAUAUCACUCUUCGAGAAUCACUUGGCAUGAUGUGAUCGGAAAACAUUGCCCGAUCUUCGCCGUUAAUCGCGAGGUUUUGAUCCCCAUAGCGAAACCAAUUGGCUACACAUGAACUGAUCCUUAUAAGAUAGAUAUUUUUGAGGAGAUCUGCUUGUAGUCACAGCUCAAGUAUGAAGGACCCUCACUUCAGCUUGCCAUUUUGUCGUGUAAGGUUUAUCAUCUCUAAGAAAUGCAAAGGAAGCCGUCACUGCUAGAGUUGAUGAAUGGAGGAGAAUAUGAAGAAAUGAGAUCGGAACCCGUCGUUUCUCGAAGACAUUCCCGAAGGCUUUCUAGACCUCCACGACGAACUAAUAGCUCGGAAGUGCGAUUGGACGAAGCACUUCUCCCAGGAAAGGAUUGAGAGAGCCUUGCGUUUGUUGCACGGAGCCCCCUGCCAAUCUUCUUCAGAAUCAUCCGAUCACCGUCUAGAUCACCUCAUUGAAAUGCAAGGAGCUGCGCAAUCUUUGAGGGCGAAGAAAGCUGCCGAAAGAAAGGCGGCCGAGGAGAAAAGGGUUUGCGAGGCGACUUUCGGACCGUCAACUCCGCCUGAGGUUAACAUUGAUCCGCAGGUUGCCGAUGGUGAAGAGGCGACUGGGGAGGUUCGGGUCGCUGCAGAUUUGUCCAGGCCCGAGGCCUCUGGUGAUGUUCGGCCGGAUGUGGAAGUUCCCGCCGCAGUAGGGGCUAUGGCGAUUGUAGCUCUGGGUGCCGAGGCGAAGGCUAAGGCGAAAGGGAAGAGGCCCCGAGGUGAUAGCUCGGGAGGACGCAGAAGGGAGAAGAGGAGCCGUAGCGAAGCUCCCAUCUACAAGGAUAAGAUAGCUUUGGCUAAUCUUAUCGCUUCUUGUUCGGGUCCGCCGCUUUCCGCUCCCGAGGCCUUGCUGGAGGCACAAAACUACCGUGAGACCGCUGCUGGAUUUCUGAAGGCCUUCAACUCGAUGAAUUCCAUGGUUCGAGCCUACGAUUCUGGAGCUCGGAAAUCCGAGCUUGCUCGUGAAAAGUCGGAGAUCUCCCGAGCCGAAGCAGAGGCUAGGAUUUCUGAGGCGAUUGCGGCUAAACAAGAGGCCGAGGCAUCGGCCAAGGCCGAGAAGGUGGAGCGGUUGAAGGCUUCGGAGGAUAGCCUGCGAACUCAGAGAAAGCUCGAGGCCGAGAUUGCACGCCUUCAUCGGUUAUUUACCGAAGAGAAGGCUCUCCGGGAGAAGGAGAUUGUCAGAGAGCGGAGGGCGGCCAAAAGGGAGUUUGCCGAGAAGGUCAAGGCUAUCGAGGCGAAGAUGGAUCAGUACGGGAAGGUGUCUACGCGCUAUAUGUACUUGGUGUAAGCGCGGGCCAAUGCUGAGCUGAUAGCCGAGUUGGAGGAAGGGAAAAAGGUAGAGGAUGAGAAAGCCGAGGUCCUUCAAUGGACGACUGAAUAUGGAGACGCCGAGGAUGAGUACGUCCGUCUCGGGACCGAGCUGCGAGAGGACUUGAAGCUUCCUCCGGUUUCCCUGGACUCUGUCGACGAUAGCUUCGGGAAUCGUUCGAUAGAGGGUACCGCGGCUGCGAUAGGUGUUGCCGACCAGUCGGGUUCGAACCGAGGUACCGAGGUAGCUCAAGUUUCGCCGGUUAAUCAAGACUCGAUCUGAUCCCGAGAUGUCUUUUUAUUCUCUUUUUUGUAAGACAUGUCUGGACGGCUUUAUCCCUCGAAUAUUAUGUCAAGUAUUUUUCUUAAACAUUUUUCCGAACUGAA